AUGGCAUUAUGUUCGCAACAACUAGAGAUUUGGCUUCAGAUGGGAAUAAAAACACUCAAAAGUCGGAGAAAACCUGCAGAUAAAGCAACUAAUGUAACUCUCAAACAAAAUCCAACUUUGUCUUCAGAAUCAGAAUUUGGAACCACAUCACGACUCAGCAAAUCAGAGAGUACUGGAGAAAAUGUGGAGAUUUCAAAAGAAGUUAAAAGCCCCAGAAGUGAACUCCUGAUGACUGAAAAAGGAGCAGAACAAUCAGAUAAAGAAGUAACUGAGCAAGCUGCAAAGCCAGCCCAGCAUUCUUUGUCACAAAUUGAAAAUGUUUCAUCUCAAAGAAGCGGAUCCGACAUUCUCUUGACUUGGAAUGAAGUAGCGGACAGCAACGUUCUAUACAACAUAGAAAUCUUCUGUGAUGAUGUGAAACUUGGAAAGACUCACACUACAGAGGUUCCUCAGUAUAGAAUGAAGUCACCUAUACUUGGUAAAACAUAUCAAUUCCAAGUCUGGGCUAAGGAUGAAUGGGGUAACAUUGGGGUCAAAACACACUCAAAGAAUGUUAUAAAAGUCAAAAACAUUGGAUUUGAAGAAGAUACAAUGAACCUUUACGAAUGCAAAGUUACUUUUCCGGAUGGAACAUUCAAUGCGCAAACAAAGGUCUGGAUGUCAGUUGGAUUGGACAAUUCAAUAUGCCCAGCACAAUAUCUCGCAAUCACACCAGCUCUUGACAUCAGUGCAGAAUCAACAUUACACAAAAACGCUAUAGUACAAAUGAAGUCAUGGCGCCUCGAGCUGAAGAAAGAUGACGUCGACAUACUUCACUUUACCAAUCGCACUGACUGGAACAUUAUUAAACCUGAUCAAGUCAUGCAUGACGGGACUAUAGAAUUCCGCUGUCAAAACUUCAGUCCAGUAAUUGCCGCUAUUGGACGAUGGUUUUAUAAUCCCUCAGUUCUCAAAGAAAACUUUUUUUAUCUUGUUGGCAACAACUAUAUUUACUUUACAUUUUUCACUUGGUCUUCGAGCAUUGAAAAUAGUGUCAACAGGUAUUAUGAGAGACUAGAAGCUCGACUUGUCCCAGCAAGAUUUAACCAGUUAGUUCUGAGACAUGGUGACAAUAUUCAUGUCAAACUACGAGUUAAAGAAAACCCAGAAAACUUGUGGUUCAAUGAACCCAAUGAAUAUAGGGUUCCCGUAGAUGAUGACUUUUUAAGGCGGCACAGACAUGACUUUGAGUUCAAACUCCUCACAAACUUGGAACAAUAUCCUCAAAAAGUCAUCCAAUGUGAAAUAGUGAAAAAUGAAGUUGAUAGGGAGAUAGUCGAAUUCACUUUCCCUUUGGCACCACCAAAUCAAAGAGAACCUCCACCUAUCAACUUCGAGGGAGCACAUAUUGGAAAUGUAAAUGUACCUGUGAGGGGAAUUCAGAACAAUCAGCAAAUGGAGCAAAAUGAACAACGAGAACCUGGGGCAGUAGGUGGAAAUCAAGCAAGAGAACCACAAUUGAAUGAACCUCAACAACAUUAAAGUGAUAGCGAUUCCGAUGAUCUUCGUUAAAAACAUACCUAAUUUGAAAGAUGAGAAGUGUCCCAGACUGAACACAUGCUAAAGACAUUGCUAAGUUACAAAUGUUGCACCGACAUGCCACAUACUGUUACUGUCGUAUAACGUUGAAAGAGUUAUGCUCAACAUUAAUUUCCUCAACAACCUCAGACUUAAUACCGAAUGAUCAUGCGGUUCAUACCUUAAUCCCGCAACACGUUAUGGACAUGCAUAUGUAGUGAAGUGAUUAAAUAUUAGAAAUAUAACUCUUGAAGACUGUUAUUAAUUAUAUUAUUCAGUAAUAGUAGAAUUUAGGCAAAAAUGUUAUAAUUUUUUUUGUGUGAAAUGCUGACUUUGCAUGAACUUGGAUUGUGGAAACAUAGUCAGGGCCGGUUUUAGACUGAUUUUAUCAAAUCCCGCAUGGUCUUUUUUCUCUUUUAUCAGAUAUGUUCUAAAAAAAUUAAAGUUUCAGGUCCACAUAUACGUGACAUACGGUAACACAUUUAGCGCUCCUAAUAUUACAACAAAUUCAAUGAACAAUUUAUUUACCAUUUCAUUAAUAUCCUCGAUAGAAAUAAAUGCAUCCACAUUACCUCAAAUUUAUUUUAUAUCCAGUACCAUAAACACCUAUAAAUAUCACUAUGAAGAGUAGGGACUCCGUCAUCAGAUUUCUAAUUGGGCCCCACAGUUUCUAUCACCGGCCCUGAACAUAGUAACUGACUCUUGGUCACCUUCCUUCAGCAAAGAUUUCAGUCAUCCCUCACAAGAUUUGACCUCUUGAACCUACAGGGGUAACCCCGGUAGAAUGAUAUGUAUUCGGGUAGCCAAUAAUCUUGGUAGAAUGAGUGUUUAGGGUAGCCAUUACAAUCUGUUGAAAAAACGUUAUAUUUAAUAAUUUAAACGUUAUAUUUAAUAAUUUAGAGUAUUUUGUGAAAAUCUGCACUAAAUCCCGAUUUGCAUGUCAUUCGACACAUUUUUCAUUAUUUUUCCCUAUUAUUUUUGAAAAUUAAGUGCUGCAUUAAUGCUUUAUUCUUUAAUGUACUAUUUUAGUUAACUGUAACAAACUCACUUUGGGCUUUUCCAGAACUUCAGUCCAAUAUAUUUAAUAGGUGUAUUGUUUUUACGUUGGCCAGAUUUACAAGUUAAUAUGUAGUUGUAAUUUUUAGGGUAUGUCAACUUUCAUUAUUUGUGUCAUGUUUUUCUCAUGAUUGACAACUGCUGUUCUCAAUCUCGCUCCAUUUGAAUCGCCCUUAAUUAUUUUUACCGUAUAUAAGUUUUCUUUGCAACUUUGUAUAUUUGCUUGAUUUUUAAAAUAUAACAAAACAAAACAAAAAAGCCUCAAAAACUCAAAAAAAAAAAAUUGAAAAAUUGAAAAAAAAAAAAAAAAGUUUCUUACACAUGAAAUUUUACUCAGAAAUUUAAUUACCCUAUGAGCAUAGUCACAAAUGACCAAUGAAGUGUCAAAACCUCACAAGACUAUAAAGACUUCUAGUGUAGAAUUACUCAAUGCAUAAUUUUUUGUUUCAUGCUUAUGUAUUCAAGUUUGUAGCAUUCUUUCCGGUGCUCCAGAAGUGUGUGUACCAACAUGGGGGUAACUAAUUUUAUUUGCUUAUUUUACUUACAUCAAGUUGUGUAAAGGGGCUGAAACCUAUGGGCAGGGGUAAUGUUCAAUUGGCCAACACAAACAGUCCCCGAACUCGUAAUAGAAAUAAAAUAAGGAAAAUCAGAAUAAAAUUUUAGCCUAACCUUAACCUGGUACACAUACUUCGAGAGUACCUUAUUUUCUGUAUAUUCAUGUAUUCCGCAUUUUUUUCAUAUUCAAAUAGUUGAUGAAAUUGAAAAAAUUUGUGUUUGAGACAUAAUACCAUCAUUGAAUUUCAUUGUUUUGUUAUUUUUGCCAUUUAAAAAAGUUUUUAUCACAACAUUUUCUCAAUCUAAGCAAAAAUCAUUGUAUCAUUUUUAUAUUAAUUCAUUGUUCAGUGCUCUGUAUCAAAAUUGGCAGCAUUAUUUUCUGUAUAUUUGAGAUCUUUAUGAGUAGCAUUACAUCAUAGGAAGUCCCAAGUUUAAUUCAGGGAUUUCUGUGAUUACCUCCACUUAUAAAAAUCCUUUUUUUUUAUGUUUGUUGUCUCACUGAUUUUAAUUGACCAUGAAAUAAAUAUUUAUUCUAAAAUUUAUUUAAAUUUCAAAUAAAUACUUUUUCUCUGAUCUAUAUAAGUGAUACAUGUAGCAUAUUACAAUGAUCUGUUUUGUAAUGCUUAUUAUUGUAAAUUUUCAGCAUUUAUUAUGUAAAUCAGCUUUUGACUCCACAUAUUUUCCUAACUUUUAAAAUAGAAAAAAAAAUGAAAAAUAACAAAACUGGAAUAAAAUUGUCAUGUAUUCCCUAAAUAUCGAAACAGAAAAAAAAAUCAAAAAGGUGAACGGUCAAGUGAUCCUUCAUAUUCCCAGCCCUAAGAAUUACAUUUCUCUGGCGCUCCAGGGGUGUGCGUACCAAUAGGGAGGUAACUAAAUUUGUUUGCCUACUUUACAUCAAUUUGUGUAAAAGGACUGGAACCCAUCCACAGGUCGAUAUCAACUAGGCUAACACAGACAGCCCCCGAACUUGUGAUAAAACUAAAAUACUGAUAAGGUAAAUCGAAAUAAAAUUAUGGCCUAACCCUAACCUGGUACACAUACUACAGGAGUACUAACAAGCUUAUGGAGUAAUAGAUUUGAUUUUGAUUCUCUUGCCAAAGAAAAAAUAAUUCUUGUUUUCUUCAUCAAAUUGAAUUUGUUGUUAAACCUUAUUCAAUGGUUCUCUCACUAAUGUGAAAUGAAAUAUAUAUCUAUAUAUGUACAAUAAUUCAUACUGUAGAAGAAAACUCUAUGUUAUGUUUCGGUUCAAUAUACACAUUUUAUACAUUAAAGUAUAAUUUCAUGAAGCUAAAUAUGCUGUUUGUGUCUCAAAACUGAUUCAUCUACAGCUCAUUAUUGACAGCAAUCUUUGGCUGAGAAAAACAAUAUAAUAUUCUCUACGCUUGCAGACUGGUCGAGUGGAUAUUAUCUCUCAUCUUUUCCUCUUUCGACUUUUGAGUAUGACAUCGCAGAUAUAACAAGUCUGCUGUCCCAACUCCCAAUCAGUCUUGUUGUUUUUCCUGUUUGAAAUGAAUAGAAUGGUAAUUCGUGAUAUCAAGUCAUUAUUGAAAUUGUCAUUGAUUCCUGAAAUUAAAUGCAUUGACUUUUGCUUUAUAUGUUAUUUUGAUUAUUAUGAGAGUGGAAUAUUUAUUUCUAACAACUUUAUGAUACAAAAUUAAAUUAGCAACAUGAAGCCCAGUAUACCAUUUGGCCUGUAUAAUCUAUUAAGUCCCUUCAGUCAAAAAAUGUUUGUUUUGAUUAUAUUUCAAAUUCUGUGUGAUCUCUUGUUUAUUUGUAGUAACAUCUGUAUAAUAAAUGAUCAGUGUGAUAGACCGGGACUGAAUUCAACUAGUAGG